AUGGCGCCGAAAAGCCAGAGCGGCGGCGCCGGACGGUUCAAAGGCAGUCCCCACCCUGAAAAGCGGCGCUGGCAUCGAGGCACCCUACGGCAGCGUGACGACGACUUGGAUCGCAGAGCCGGCCAGGUGAAGCUGCCGCCGCAGGCCUGGACAGCACGGCACAGCGCUCAAGUGCGGGUCGACCGCGGUGGUGACAACGAGAGCAUUCUGCACAGCUUCUCCCGUGUUCCGGCCUCGUCCACAGCAUCGCCGCUACACACGCUGAAAGCUCGCAGUCAACUCGACGUCACAGAGCCGAACCGACCACGUCAGGGUGGUACGUUCACCACGCAACUCCAGCAGCGUGACGACGACUUGGAUCGCAGAGCCGGCCAGGUGAAGCUGCCGCCGCAGGCCUGGACAGCACGGCACAGCGCUCAAGUGCGGGUCGACCGCGGUGGUGACAACGAGAGCAUUCUGCACAGCUUCUCCCGCAAAUCCCGACUGGGUGCCGAACCUAAUCUCGGCUACAAGUCAACAACGCAUGCUGGAAGAAGCGCAAGCGACAGGUACACGCGACUCAAGCAACGGAAGCGCGCGAGUUCUGCAGCCAGCGCAUUUCCAUUAAAGCAACGACCGGGGAGCGCGAGCACAAACGCGGCGCCCAUCGCUACAGGUACGGCAGCAGAGGAAAGUUUUUUCGGUGACGAAGAAAGCCCCUCUUCAGAACAACCGGCAGUGCAACACCUCGCAGGUCAUGAAACUCCCGAGGAGCCUUCAUGCUUGGAAUGUUCAGCACUACAAGACAAUGCAGCCACAGUUCAGUGCCACCUGCAAGUGGAUCUGCAAAAUAACCAAGCUUCUGCAUGCAUGACAGACAAAGAGGUGACAGCUGACCUGCUGUCAGCCCACAUCUCUUCACUGGAGGAAGAAAACCGCCGCCUUCAGCAUGACCUGGCUAGUGCACACAGCCGCCUGGCAAAGGCAGUCCCUGGAGACAGGAAUGUGUUCCGCAGCAACCCAGACAUUGUUCUGUUUUACACAGGGCUGCCAAAUUAUGCAGUUUUAGAGGCUGUUUACAGCCUAGUUGAGCCUCAUGUAAGGCAUACAUUACGAAACCGCCUGAACAAAUUCGAGGAAAUGGUCGUUUUCCUAAUGAGGUUGCGGCUUAACCUCCCGUUGCAAGAUCUUGCAUACAGACAGAGGUUUCUUGAUCUCUGA